AUGAGGGCUCCCUGGAAAUGGUUCCACCGCGAAAGCGAAGAGACCAUGCGCCAUGUGACCGUUAACGGCAGCCAGCCUACACACUUUUGCUCGAACAAUGUCAAAACGACCAAGUACACACUGUACAACUUCCCAAUUAAGAACCUCCUGGAGCAGCUGAGAGAGCCUUCGAACCUCUAUUUCGUGUUUAUCGCCGUAUUACAGGUUAUCCCCAGGAUAUCUUCCACACAUGGCAUACCAGUCAUGCUGCUACCGCUCUCCAUUGUCAUGCUCGGAAACGCCGUCAAAGAUGCCUACGAGGACUACAGGCGUUACCUAGCUGACAACGAGGUCAACAACAGCGUCGCGCAGGUGGCCGUUCACCCGCAGCUCACUAACAUGGACAAGGCGAUACGACCAAUGCCGCCAAAGGAGGAGCCGAGGCGAUCCUUCAUAGCCAAAGCCGUCGCUAACGACAAAAUCAUCUGUAAAAGGUGGCACGAGAUUGAGGUCGGGGAGGUUAUUGUGGUUCAAAGCGGCGACACCAUUCCCGCUGACGUCCUACUUAUCGGCUCCUCGGAAAUCAAUGGAGUCGCGUUCGUUGAGACAGCAUGCUUGGACGGAGAGAGCAGCCUCAAGAAAAAGGAGGCAGUGCUGAAAGUUGCGGAACACCUCACUAGGGACCUGGACACAGCCCUAAAGCGGUUCAAGGAUAUCAAAGGUAGCGUGACGUGCGAGCCGCCGAAUCAACACCUGAUUACGUUUGAUGGAUCAUUGACAUAUCAAAUCGAAGCGGGCGCUAACGCAGCGCAUGAGGAUGGAUCGUGUGGUAGUGACGGGUCGCCCGCACCUUCGGCCAGAAACCGAAACAGCGAAGUUGCCAAUUCGGGUGCAACUGAAACAUCGAUCACCCUGCUCCAGAUGCUUCUUAGAGGAUGCAAAUUGCGCAACACGGGGUGGGCAAUGGGCAUUGUUAUAUACACGGGCCAUGAGACUAAAAUUUACAAGAACAUCCCCAAAGCACCACACAAAGUGAGCAACCUGAACAGAAUCAUGGUCAGACUCACCUUCAUCGUGUGGGUAUUCCAAAUCGCACUGUGUUCUGUGGCCGCAUGUUGGACUGUCUACAGGCACAAAUACGGUCUAGAUGAACUAUUGCCAUACCUCCAAGGGGAGGACUUGUCGUAUGGAACGGUUCGCGUGUUCGUGAUAUCUUUCUUCUCCUGGAUUGCCAUAUCAGCCACGUUUGUGCCUAUCAGCACCAUCGUGAGCAUGAACAUCGCUAGGAUUGCUCAGGCCUUCUUUAUCCACUCGGACACAGACAUGUAUUACGACGAGAUCGACAUGCACGCAGCCGCCCGUACAACAUCGCUCAACGAGGAUCUCGGGCAAGUACACUACCUAUUUUCGGACAAGACCGGAACACUAACGUGCAACAAAAUGGUCUUCCGGAAGUUCGCCGUUGCCGGAAGGUCCUACGGUAAGGGGUACACCGACAUUAGAAGGUUCGUUCUCAGCAGGCAGGGCGCAAUAUUGGAGCCCGAACCAGAGAACCCACUGUACGAUAAAGACUCGCACGUCAAUCUGGUGGACGACGACCUCUUUAAGCACCUCAAAAACUACAACGACCCGAGACAUACCCACCUGGUCGAGUUCUUCAUGCACAUGAUCUGCAACAACGGCGUGCUUACGGAUGUGUCGAGAACAGGGGAAGUGAUGUACAAUUCACAAAGUCCGGAUGAACUCUGUUUUGUGCACGCUGGGCGUUUUGCUGACUUCAAGCUCAUAGACAAAACCAGCAACUCGCUCACCAUGACGGUGUUCGGCCGAAAGAUGCGUGUGCGGACGCUAGCAAUGAUAGAAUUUGACUACAUCCGUCGAUGCAGCUCCGCAAUCAUUGCCUUCCCGAAGGACCCCAAGACCAACCUGGAGGACGAGGAUCUCAACAAGUUCAGAAUCGUUCUCUUCUGCAAAGGAGGUGACAACGUCAUUAUGAGCAAGUUGAAGUCCAAAAGUGACAUGGAUGCUGUGACUGCAUCAUACUGUGACCAGUACUCCCGUGACGGACUGCGUACGCUGGUGUUUGCGAAAAGGGAGCUCACCACAGCCGAGUUCACGGCAUGGAACGCAAAAUACAUCGAAGCUCAAGCAGACAUUCUAAACCGUGAGAAGUCGGUGGCCGCAUGCGCCUCACUCAUCGAGAAGGAUCUCGUGCUACAGGGCGUUUCGGGAAUAGAGGAUAAGUUGCAAGAAGGCGUAGGCGAGACCAUCGAACUCUUGGGUGCGGCCGGAAUUAAGGUCUGGAUGCUUACGGGAGACAACCUUGAGACCGCAAUCAACAUUGGCAUUGCCACCAAUCUGCUCAGGGUCUUCUCACAACGCAUAGAUUUGCACUCGGCUGCCUGCGCGAAGGAGGAACUGCACGCAAAGGUGCGGGAGUGGCUUGCGAAGGUUAAAGAGGACCCCGAUAGCGCCUCCCACAGGUGCGUCGUGAUCGACGGUAUUGCCACCGGAGAGCUCACCAAGGAUGACAUUGUCGAGGACUUUGUGGAGCUGUGCACAUACUGCCACUCUGCCAUAUGCUGCCGUAUGACCCCUGCGCACAAGGGUCUCUUCGUUGCGCUAUUCAAGCGCAAACUAGGCACCGUGAUGAUGGCUAUCGGAGAUGGCGGUAAUGAUUGCAACAUGAUCCAGACGGCAGAUGUCGGAAUCGGCCUUAAGGGUAAGGAGGGCCUGCAGGCCUUCAAUGUCUCCGACUACGGUAUUGGGCAGUUCCGGUACCUCACGCCACUGAUCCUCAACCACGGUCGCAACUGCUACCGUCGAUUGGCCAAGAGCGUUGCGUACAUGUUCUACAAAAACAUUACGCUCAUCAUGCCCAUAUUCUUCUACGGUUACACCUCGCUGUUCAGUGGCCAACGUAUCCUUCUCGAAGUCCUAGUUGCGCUCUACAAUGUUUGUUUCACUGGUAUCAGUGUCAUCUUGGUGGGAUCCAUUGACCGUGACAUUGACAAGUCGCUGAGCUACAGGUAUCCACACUUGUAUCAACUGGGUCAGAAGAAUUACUACCUCAAUGCGAAGGUGUUCUUAGGGUGGCUAUUCAACAGCUUCUUCCACGCUCUGAUCAUAUUCUUGAUGGUGAACUUCGGCCUGAACGAUCGCUACACGAUCCCCGGCAGCGAUGGUCAACCGCUCACCAGCCCACAGCUGGGUAUUGGAAUGAUGCUCAUUGUCAUGGUUGUGGUUAGCCUGAAGCUAGUCAUGGAAACCUGGUACUACACCCGUCUAACCACCGCCACGUAUGUGUUCAGCUUCUUCAACUUCUUCCUUUCCAUAUACGUAUUAUCGCUAUCCACCAAACUCGGGAGCGGACUUCUGGGUGGUGCUAUGAAUCUGCUUGCCAACGGACGCUUUUGGAUCGUAUUGGUGGCCUCCACCACGGCUGCACUCUAUCGCGACUAUUUGAUGAAGGUGGUGCACUACUCGUUCUUGCCUCACUACUACCAGUGCACAUUUGCCCAUAAUAAACCUAAAGUAGUAUCUGAAUACAUUAAAAACACCUGGUUAACGGUAACCCAGGGGCAGCUUCGGCUGCGGGAUCUGCUGCGAGGGGAACGGCCGCGACGUGUUGCGCGGGAUCGUUCGCAGCGUCUGUAUCAUGAACGGCAUGAGGAUGUCGAGAUCCAGGCCGUUUACCCACGCCAUCUCCAAAACGUCCGCGGGCUCGAGCAGCGCGAAGUUGACGGUCAGACAUGCCACGAAUUCCUCACGGAGGCCGUGCUCUAUGAAGUACUUCGCCAUCUCAAGCGCCAUCGACUCGCUACGAGACAUGUUGACGGCUUUGAUGGCGCCUGCGAAGUCACCGUUACGCCUAUGUAUCAGCGCCGACUUGGCGAAGUCGCGCGAACGGGCAUACAGCACACCGGCGAUGCUGCGCAUCUGCGGCAGACGGUGUCCCUCGAGCUUCGCGCACAGAGCCUGCUGGUCAAACACCGCCAGUCUGGCGAUGCUGCGCUCCAGCAACUCGUGCUCCUCUUCUUCGACAUAGACUUCGAACAAGGCGUCAUUCACGGCGGGGCUGCUCUUGUCAGCUACAGACUCCAGGUACUCCCUCGCUAUGCCCAGACAAUCCGCGUUUUUCAGGAUCUUUAUCACGCGAACAGGGUCGACGCGAUUCUUGAUGCUUAUCAGCAAACGCGUCAGCAACAUGGGUUCGCAUUGGAUACAGAAGUGGAUGGCCUUGUACAACGCCUCCGGGUUGGCAGCUGCCCCAGCUGCCGCAAAGAAUACGUCCUCGUCCCACGCCAGGCCAUAGUGGGCCACCAUAGACAUGAGCGCCUUGUCGGGCGAUUCAAGGCUGUAGAGGUAUAUGGCCUCCCUCCAAAGCCAGAGGUUGCAGCACUCGCGCGCCACGCGAGCAAUGUUCAAAGAGGUGCGAAUGGAGUCGCCGGUGUAACGGGUCUUGAAGUGCGACAGCAAGUCAUCGGGUCGGUACUUCGCAACUGCGAUCGCCAACUCUGUGCAUACGGCCACGGAACGCUCCGAAUUCUCGAGCAGGUGAAUAACCUCCUCGAGUUCGUUCUUCAGCACACAGGUCUCGACCACCUGCCGAAGGACUUGGGGGUUGCGGGACUUCAAGGCGGUCUCCGCAGCGAGCUCAAAGUUGCCCAGAUUCAGAUGACAAACAGCCAAUUUGGAGUGGUUCGGAAUGCUUGCGUAAACAAUCACUGCUUCGCUGUACAUGUGCGUUUCCAUAAGUUUGCUGCCCACAUAGGCAACGUCAGCGCAGUUCUUGGCAUUCAACACCUCGCGGAACUCAUCCGUGUUGCCACUCUCAGCGAGGCACAGCAGCAAAUCAGUGUCUAUCUGACGGUUCUCCCUCACCUUACGGCAUUCGCGAAGCCACCGCAACAAAAGAGUGGUGUCCUUACCGCAGGCUAG